GGAUUGCUUCUCCAGAAAUGCUUAUGUAAACUGACUACUUUCGGUUUUGAUUCUUCAACGUCGCUGCUACUUCCUCACACAAAUUUAAAGCUUUGUUUGUCACGCAGAAAAUGAGCUGUACAGAGGAUAAACUUCUCAAUAUGGAACUGGCCAAGCUGGAAUGUCACUUCACGUGGGAUAUGAAAAAAGAAGAUACAAACAUCACUGAUCAUUUAACUAGACUGGAGCAGAACCGUGACUUAAAUCUGGGGGAGGAGGCUGGGAUCGCACGCACACACAACUCUUUGGCAUACGUCAAAUAUCUCUUGGGUUCUUAUGAGGAAGCCCUAACAAAUUUACAGAAGUCUGAGGAGCUCACUAAAGAUUGUUAUGGGGACAACUGCGAAGAGAGACUCAUUGUUACUUAUGGAAAUUUCGCUUGGUUACACUUUCACAUGGAACAUAAUACUGAAUGCAAAAGUUACCUGGACAAAUUGAAGGAGAUCCAAGAAGAAAAUCCACCUGUCUCCACUUCUGUUCUUUAUCCACAUGUGGUUGGUGAGAAGGCAUGGGCAUUGUUAAAAUUUUCACGUAAAUACUAUGGCAGAGCUAUAGAGUGUUUCAGAAAGGCGUUAGAGCUAGAGCCGGAAGAAGGUGAGUGGAAUGCUGGUUAUGCCAUUGUACUAUAUAGAACAGAAAACAAGUGCUGCACAAGUGUAAUUCAACAACUCAGACGGGCGAUAGAAACAAACCCAGACAAUGAUGAACCAAAGCUUCUUUUAGCUCUGAAACUUGCAAAGUUUAAACAGUUUGAUGAAGCAGAGGAUCUUGUGGAAAGGGCUCUUGAAAAGUCCCCAGAUAGUCCACAUGUGAUUCGAUAUGUGGGAAAAUACCUGAGAGAAUAUGGGCAAGCUGUAGACAGGUCUAUUGGCCUGUUGAAAAGAGCUUUGGAUGUUACUCCAGAUUCAGCAUUUAUACACCAUCAGUUAGCUCUGUGCUACAAAAAGAAAAAAGAACAAUUAAGGGAUAAAUUUGAAAGUCAGAGAUUUCGUGAUUUGAGCAUCUCCCAUUUUGAAAAGGCCGUCACUCUCGGGAGUGGCUUUAUUCUUGCGAUGGCACAGCUGGCAGCUCUCUACGGUGAGGAUGGACAAAUUGGUCGGGCUGAUGAAAUGUUUCAGACAGCCUUGUCCACAGGUAAAGACAAAACUUCAAUUCAAGAACUUUACUUGUAUUUUGGCGAUUUCCAGCAGUACAGCAAAUGUGAGCUGUUGGCUGUCAGAUAUUUCAAAGACUGUUUAAAAAUGGCACCUAAUACAAAAGAUGGGAAGAAAAGUGCUAAGAAUCUGAGAAAGAUCGCUAACAAGCGUUUAUCUAAAAACAGACAUGACACAAGGGCUUUAGGGAUAUUAGAGUUCAUUGAGCAGGUAACAGGUGGGAAUCAAUCCACUGCAGAGGACUGUGAGCAUGUUCUGGAAUCUACAUGUAAUGAGAAAUAGAACAAACUGUAUAUUGGAGUUAUAUAUUGAUGUUGCAUUGUUUUUGUGCACUGAGCUUUCAUGUGACUGAGGGCAAGUGAAGCUCACUACAGUAUGCAGUGGUUUCAUCACAUGCCAACUUAGCUUUGUUGUGAUUCUGCCUCGUCGUGUCAUGACUUUCUUGAUCUUGUGGUAGAAUCACGGCAGGAUCCCUUGUUAUGUGUGGAGAGAGUCAUUUUGACCCUGUCGGCCUUCGAUACUCUCUACGGUCCUUGUCUGUAUACCCGCCCUUUUGUAUCUCUCGUUAUUGGUUGUUUAUUAGUUCAUGCCCCACACCUGUUCCCCUUUGAUUUGUCCCUCUAUUUAAUGCCCCUGUGUUCUCUGUCUGGUGUCGGAUCAUUGUACUGUUAUGUUGCACUGUGUCGUGUGGGUGUGGGUGUGGGUGUGGGUGUGGGUGUGGGUGUGGGUGUGGGUGUGGGUGUGGGUGUGGGUGUGGGUGUGGGUGUGGUGUGGUCUUGUCUUGUUAGUUAGUCUAGUUUGAAGUGUUCCUUUGUGAUGUGUUAUUAGUUUAGUCUUGUCAGUUUAGUUAAUCUUGUUCUUGUUUCUCUGUUUUGUUAUGUUUACCCCCACGUGGGUCUUUGUUUUGAGUUUGGUUAAUUAUUUAUUAAAAGUCUUGUUAACCCCUUACCCGCUGUCUGCGUUUGGGUCCUCUCUCGUUGUCACUGUGUCUCACCCACCACCCACACUCGUGACAUUAAAGUCUUGUUAACCCCUUACCCGCUGUCUGCGUUUGGGUCCUCUCUCCUUGUCACUGUGUCUCACCCACCACCCACACUCGUGACAAGCUUUCUAUCAGCCUUGCCCUGCCUUUUACAAUACAUAUGUUUUAUAUCUAAUCUAGAUGUAUCUAAUAAAAAUAGAUAUAGUUACUUUGUUUUCUAAACAUGAACUAUGUUAAUGCAAUUCCAUUAUGUUUAGAAGCACAAUUAUAUAAUUAUUGACUUAAACAUAGGUUACGCAAACUAAACGAUACAAAUAUUGUAAUGUAUACACACACACGUAUGUACUGUAUGUAUGUAUGUGUAUAUAUAUAUAUAUAUAGUUAGCCUACAGACAUAUAACAGAGUCUUGCUUGUUUGGUUUAGUCAAACCUCAAAACCCCUGUUCGUAGUAUAUAUCAUCAUACCUUAGCUGAGUGUUCAUAAUUCAAUCUACAAAUCUUUGGCAGUAUCAUGUAAUAUAUGUUAUUACCUUAAAAUGUUUAGUAUGUAUGCAGUAUUCAGAAUAUAUACAAUGUAAAUAUAAUAAAAUAUAGAAUAAUCAAGCUUUUAAAUACAUAAUAUAAGGAGU